UCCCUUCUCUCCCCCCACACGCUCAUUCUCUCUUCCCUCGGAUGCAGACUGGAUGCAGACGGGGGGGAUUUCCAGCAGCUUCCUGAGUCUGUCCUCCCUCUCCUCUCCUCCCCUCCUCCUACUCCUACUCCUCUUCCUCCUCCUCUUCCUUCAAUAAUCCGGACCUUCUUCUCCUCUUCUCCUGCUCUUCAUCCUCCAGAAUGUGGCACUCGGUGGCUCUACUCCUCUCUGGAUUUUUUGCUUUGAUUCACGUGUCACUGCAGGGUCCUCACCAGAGGAACCUGCUGAAGAACCUCCUGAAGGACUACAACCGGAUGGAGCGGCCAGUGGGCAAUGACUCCCACCCUCUCACCGUGGUCUUCUCCCUCAGUUUGAUACAGAUCAUGGACGUGGAUGAGAAGAACCAGGUCCUCACCACUAACAUAUGGCUACGGAUGAGUUGGUUCGACCACUACCUCCAGUGGAACCAGAGCGAACAUCCCGGCGUAAAAAACCUCCGCUUCACCACCGAUCAGGUGUGGACGCCGGACAUCCUGCUGUACAACAGUGCAGAUGAUGACUUUGACUCCACCUUUAAGACCAACGUGCUGGUGAACUCCAGUGGCUACGCCGAGUAUCUGCCUCCAGGAAUUUUUAUGAGUACAUGCAACGUGGACGUGCGCUGGUUCCCCUUCGACAUCCAGAGGUGUGAGCUGAAGUUCGGCUCCUGGACGUAUGACGGCUGGCUGCUGGACCUUCAGAUGAACGAUGCCGACAUCUCGGGCUACAUGCCCAACGGAGAGUGGGACCUGAUCGGUGUUCCGGGCGCGAGAAACGAGGCCUUCUAUGACUGUUGUAAAGAGCCGUACCCGGAUGUGACAUUUGUUGUGACGAUCCGGAGGCGGACGCUCUACUAUGCCCUGAACCUGCUCAUUCCCUGCGUGCUGCUGUCUUCCAUGACUCUGCUCAUCUUUGUGCUGCCAGCUGACUCUGGGGAGAAGAUCUCGCUGGGCAUCACAGUGUUGCUGUCUCUCACCGUCUUCAUGUUGCUGGUUGCAGAGAUCAUGCCGGCCACAUCUGACUCCGUCCCUCUCAUAGGUCAGUACUUUGCCAGUAUAAUGAUCAUCGUGGGGAUGUCAGUCAUCGCCACAGUCAUCGUUCUGCAGUAUCAUCACCACGAUCCAAAUGGAGGAAACAUGCCCAAAUGGGUUCAGCUGGUUUUGCUGCAGUGGGUGGCCUGGUUUCUGCGCAUGAAGCGACCAGGAGAGAACGACGACCCGGAGCGCCCCCCAUGCGCCCCCCACUUGCGGCGCUGCUCAUCGGGCUCCCAGAGCGGCAGCAUCCCGAACCCUCCAGAUCCCACCCUCCACCCGCUGCACCCACAGAACCUGGGUCCCCUACAGACGGGGCCCCUCCAUGCCGGGCACCCUCACCUCCACGCCCAGUCGAGCGCCAACAACAACGGGAACCUUCUCUACAUGGGCUUCCAGAGCAUGGACGACCCGUCGAUGCUCUCCGAGGCUCUCCAGAGGAAUAACCUCUCCUCAGGGCGAGGAGCAGGAAGCCCGCCCCCCCACCUCUCGUCUCAGUUCUGCAGCUCCCCGCCGCCUCCUACACCCAAUAUGGAUACUGUAGGCUGCCCCAGCACGGUGUCCAGUGGAGGCGGCUUUGGAGGGGGACCAGGGGGGCUCGGAGUCUGCUCGUCCACAGGGAUCGGAGACCCCCAGCUGCAGGCCAUCUUGGAGGAGGUGCGUUACAUGGCGGACCGUUUCCGGGAGCAGGACGAGACUGAAAGCAUGGCCGACCAGUGGAAAUUUGCGGGCGCUGUAAUCGACCGUCUGUGUCUGGUAGCGUUCAGCGUUUUCAACAUCAUAUGCACCAUCUCCAUCCUCAUGUCUGCUCCAAACUUUGUGGAGGCUAUGUCAAAAGACUUUGUCUGAAAAGAAAUCAGGAAAGAAAAAAAAUAAAAGAGCAGAAAGCGCAAAGGGAAGGAUGAAGGGAAUGAAAUUUAGGAUGAAGGAUGGAGUGGGCCUGGAUCCAAGGGAAAACAAUUUCCAGUGGACUGUUGGUGCUGUGAUUUGCGAUCGGGAGAGAACUGGAAAAAAAAUACGAAUGGUUUUCUUUGCAAUACAUUCUGUUUUGUAAGUGAAAUAAAAGCAGAAAAACGGAUGAGGAAGGGGAUACAAAGUGAACUGAAAAUGAGAUUAAGGUGAGUAGGGUGCUUUAUCAGAAUGUUGACAAGGUGGAAUGGCUUUUUGUUGUUUACUCAGAGACUUUCCCCCCCGAAAUUAGGGGAACGAUAAGUUCUAAAAGGAAAAAUCAAGAAAAGACUAUCAGUGUAAUGAAACUUCUGGUAAGAAAGAUCCUAAAGCAAGGGAGAGUAAGAGAAUAAGAGAUAGAAAGAGACAGGCGUUAGAUAGGGCUAGAUAAAUAAGACAGACAUUUGGCUGUUUUAUUUUCUCAAGCAGGGAAGGCAGUCCUUCACUCCCACAUGUCGAGAAAAGACUGCAUCAUUUAAAGUGAUGUGAGGAGGAGAGCCUGGGCAGAAAAGAAAGAGACUUUUACAAGGACAGAAGACAAAGGGCGGCUCAGAAGGAAUGACUCUUCAUCCCUCUUGACAAUGUUUAAAGUUGUGAACUGGGAUAUUAAAAAAAGCCGACUGAAGAUCAGGAACGCUGCAGGAGAGAGGAAAAGGAUCUCAUCUCUCAUUCUAUCACAUUCAUCUAAUGACCGUCAAAUUGAAAAGACCUUGGAUAAUCUUUAAGACUAAUCAGCUUUUAAAAGAUGAAGUCCUCCUCUGCUCACACACCACUUUAAAUGUCCCAGGCCUUAUCUCUUUCAGAUGAUUGCCAAUCUGCAACAAUCAGCAGAGAUCAAAAGCUGCACAGUGUGCUGUGCUUAUCACCACGAGAAACUGAAUUUACUGGUCAUCAACGAUGCAAAGGCCAGAAGCUGCAACCACAGUGAAGGCUUGAACCAAUUAUUACUCAUUGAACGGUUACCUAAAUGUAUCCAGCAGGUCCUGAGAGACCUAAAGAUCUCACUGGAUUUCAUACUUAAGGUUUAAACACCGAAAUGGGGCGUGUUUAAUAGAACAUGAGCGGCACAAAAAAGGGAGGAGAUCAUUAAAAAAAAGAAUCUGGAUGGAGAAGCAAAAUCCCAUCAAAGUGCUGUCUGUUUUUAAGAGUGAUUUCACAUCUUAAAUGAAGCACUAGACUUCAAUAGAGCUGUUUUUCCCUGGGUGUGACCUCAGUCUCUAAUGGGCUGAUUUAGAAGGUUUACAUUUAUAGUUUAAACUUCAUCAGAAGAGUGUCUGAACAAAAAUGGAAACCACUUAGUCAAAUUGGUCUUAAUUAAUUUGGGUUUGGUUGAAUUGAACUCAGACAACAUAAACAGCUGUCUUGUGUCUCUGCUGCAGGUCCAAUGAAUGCAUGGUUAGCCCAGCUUAGCUCGACCAAAAUGUGUCAAAUUUAAAUCCUCAAAUGUCCUGCAGGAUGAUUGUCCCACCGUAACAAAUUCAAGUUGUAUUGCAAAUAAGCCAUUAGCGAUCAACAGAGAUCGGCUUACUGUCCACAACCUUUACGGUGAAGAGCUUCUGAGUUCUGCCUGAGAUCUAUGCAGUAGUCUUAUAGCACUCUUUACAUUUUCCACACUGAGGCACUGGUAUAGCUGAGUUGGUAGAGUAGGUGCCCCAUGAUUGCAGGUACAACGCCUGAUCCUGACAUUCUUUAGUGCAUGUCAUCCUCGACUUCCUGUCUCUCUAAAGCUGCUCUAUCAAAAUAAAGCCCCAAAAAAACAAUCCUUAAAAAAAGUCCACAUUGUGUUCAUCAUAUUUACAUGGCAGGCUUUGCUGAUUGAUCUCAGAUGCUGGCAUGAUGUCAUACACACUAUACAAAACUCUUGUCAUUGAUCAGUUAUUGUAAAGACAAUAGAAUGUAGAAUCUGCAGGGAUAUUGGGACAUUAUUCAAGUUCAAACAAUGUAUUUUAUUGUCUGUACAGUUAGACAACAGUUAGCAUUAGCAUUUCGCCACACUUCAUGCUGUAGCUAACAGACUCUCCGUUUGAAGUGAAUAGAUUAUAACACUAUAAGAGCGAUCCACCUGCCUACCCUGAGCAUGACGUCCCAGGACAAUGACACAUUUUACAACAAGUCUACAUCUUUAUAGCUCCAUAUAGAGUGAAUUAAUAAGUAUACAGUCAAAUAGUUAAAAACUAAGGAAGUGAUUUGGACACAGUAAGGUGAUCACAGAAAGAUGAGUCAUUCAAAAUACCUAUAAGCAACAGAAUGCAGCAGGAAAGUGUACCCUUCACAUUUUUUUCUCAGUAUAAACGCUGAGUCUCUCUGUGCUUCACAGCUAGCGUCACACUCUCUUCAGAAUUCAGAACCAUGUGGUAACAGCUUCUGGGCAUGGCUAGUGACAGUGAAAAUAAAGAAAUAUCAGGAGAAAAACAGUCCUUCCGAUGUGAUUUUCUGCAGGCUAUUUGGAAAACAGUACCCUUAGUUAGAUUGUUGUGUACGUCUUACACAGCCCACAUGAGUCUUUUUGUCAUAGAAAACAAAACUGGAGAGAAACAUGACUGUAUUGUGCACCUCUAUAGUGAGUUUCUUUGCAUUUUUGUGGCAGAUAAAAGUAAGAUACUUAUUUAACCAUGCAUUCAAUCUGUAAGCAGAGACAAACAGAUGUUAGUCCUCAGUAUGCCUGACUGUAUGAGGAGAAAAUACUAAAAACCUAACAACAGAGAACAGGAUAAGGCUGGAUUUAAUCUUUAUUUUUUACAUUGUCUGCAAAUCCCAUGAAAAAAAAAGCAAAACCUAUGAUGUGAAGUUUUUCAGUCCUUUUCUACACUGUAUGUGGAACACAUUCAAAUACCCAUGUGUUCCCGAUAAAGACAUUAUCCUUAUAAUUGGGCUAGAAAUACAUGUUUAAAAAAACACAGCUGGACAUUGCCUGGAUUUGUAGUUCAUGACAAACAUUUGAAAACAUAGUAUUUGAGACCAGUUUCAGGUGUGGAUUAAAACAUGUAUGGUGAUUUACCAAGGUUGUUUUUUUUUUUUACAAACAAGAGUUCCCAUUUUAAUGUUAUCAUGAACAGUAACAAUUUGGCUCAUGCAAGUUUAUAGUUUUUGAAAAUGACUCCAUGUUGAUAGGGCAGUGAUGUGAGACUGUGCAUAUUAACACACAGACAGAUCUCACUCCUCUUCUGUCAUCUGCUCUUUAUCGUUUUUAAAAAUUCUUACUGCUAAGUGUCAUAUCAGCCUCUAGCUCUUUCCUCCAGCCUCAAGCUAGCACCUACAUGUUGGAAAGGAUAUGUUUGGACAUAAACUUUGCUUUGUCUGAGGAUGUUUAUGUGGGAGGUUUUAAAGUCAGGGUUCACCUCGCCAUGUGCGAACAAGCUACAAAAACAGGUUUCUCCAGAACACUGCUUUAAUAAGGCACCAUAUACUGUUGGUGCAUUCUGAGCCAGAGACGACAGUGUUUGGUUUAUUGAACUACAAACUAUCUAGAGCCUUUUCUCCCUUUGUGUUGACUUAAGAUUAUGAUCUGCCUGACCUUCGUCCAGCACAUUUACAGUGCAGAGUAGAAACGACUAAAGCACAUGAAGAAGACGUGUUAGGGUUCUGAUUGAGGAGAAAUUCUUGUUUGAUCAAUAUACAUGUUGUUGUGAUCUUCAUGGGAUUUGAUGACAAUUACAAAAUUCAAACAACUGGUAGCUUAAUUCAUUCAACAUAUAAAGAGUCAAUAGGACUGAACACAUGUUUCCUGAUCUAGUGUCUCUACACAUUUUAUUUCUCACUGUGAACUUGUCCAUUAAAUCUAGAGACAACUGUACGAUUCAUCUCCUUACCUCUCUUCAUCUUCUGUCUCUUCCUCUCUUUAAUGUCAACUCUCCUGACAGGUGGAAAGUAAACUUUCCUCCCCGGGUGUUUUGCCGAAGGAUGUUCUCCUUCCAGCACACAUACUGACACACAAAAACACUCCCAUCUGUACAGAGCAUUUCUCAUCCUGAAAAUAAAGGACUCUCCCUUUUUUUAUAUACAA